UGAAGACAGAAGUCAUCUCUGACCGGAUCACUCCCACCGCACAGAGGAUCCAGAGGGCGCAGAGUUCAGACGCCCCCGGAGAUUACCUGCAUCCCCCAUCCCAACUCGGGUACAGGGACACUGGCAGCCUUUGAAUUUGCAUCCAUUGCAAAUCUCCAUUGCUGUUUCUGAGCCAUCUGGAGAAUGUUCUCAGAGCCUCAGUUAAGGACGUGCCAUAGUCGUUGACUCUGUGAGGGAUGGAGUCAGAUGAAUCUAACAAUUCAUCAAAUUUUAAAGACCAGGAGAGGCUGAUCAUCCUGUUAUCCAGCCCUCUCUCAGCAUUCAUCAUUUUCUCCAACCUUUUCAUCAUCAUUGGGAUCGUGUUCAACAAGAAGUUACACAAUACGGCCAACUACUUCUUCCUCAGUCUGUUGUUUGCCGACUUCUUCACCGGGGUUCUCCUGCCCUGUAUCCCUCGGAUGAAGUUCAACAAGGACCUGGGUUAUAAUGGCUGUUUUCUUGCCUUCAUAUCUCCAAACUUCUUCUUUCUGUCAUUCUUGGUCAACUUGUUGAUGGUGCACUAUGAGAAGUACCUGUGCAUCAUCUACCCUUUGCACUAUCGUGAAAUAUGGGUGCACCGCUGUGUCCCUCUUUCCUUGUUCUUGGCGUGGACUUUGCCGUUGGUGUUCUCUUGCCUUCCGUUGCUGGGUUGGAAUAAUUGGGCAAACAACUGCACCUGCUCCUAUAAGCAUGUGUUCCCAAACGGUUAUAUAUACCUGGAGACGUAUGGGGUGGUCAUCCCGGCCAUCUUGGCAAUGAGCUUCAUCACCAUCAAGCUGCUUUCAGUGGCCAGGAGGCAACUGAAGGAGAUCAAGAAGCUCCACCGAUCAGUGCAGAGGGAGGUGGUGACAGAGAUGGAGCGCCAAAUGGACUUGAGAUUCGCCAAGUGUAUUGCCAUCUUCUCCUUGACUUUUUUUAUCUGUUGGGUUCCUUACAUUGCUCUUCUUCAGGUCUCAGUGCUGGCCAUCGAGAAAUAUGAAAUCAGUAUAUGGAUUGUCCUGACUCUUGCAUGUGUGGGGAGUGGCAGUGCUGCUGUCAUCCCCGUCAUUUUGGGAUUAAGUCACCGGCAGUACACUGAACUCUGGAGGAACCUGUGUAAAAAAUAUUGCCAGUCCUGCUGCAAGCCCAGAGGGAAGCCAACAAGUCACCACCAUGACAUGAAGAGCAAGGAAGAGACUCUGGAGGAUGAAUUAACUUCUGUGAAAUGAUGACAUGGUGCCAUAUAUGACUUGACAGCUGGGUCCACUCUUAGUGCCAGGCAAUGCUUUAAGGUAGUUCCAGAGAUGGCACUCUGCACUAAUGGGUGGCACUAACUUCCAAUAUGCCAAGAUUAAGUUAUUAUCAACACCAUUGUGAAUGUUAGGUUCCUAUAUUUGGUGAUCUACUGAUGGGGACCCUCACUGGUUCCUGAACUCCUUCAGCACUGGCACCUUACCCUGUAUGCCCAACACAUCACCUUUAAGGGAGGUUUCCAUGGGGAAAAAACUGCUGAUUUAUUAUCUAUGUGUAAUCGGUGGUGGCUCAACUCCUGCCGAUCUGUAUAAAGAAUGGACUACUGUGGCCCAAUGGCCACCAAGGCCUCUCCAAUGUCAAUCUAGGCAUGUAGGUGCAUCCAUAAAUUGGUACUGCAGCUCAGCCCCAUGCAAUUAGAAGUGUAGGUCUAGGACCCCAAUGUAAAGCCAAUCAGCACUCCUCGCCUACCAUAUGCCAUUGGUAAUAGUGGUGUCAUCUCAUGUGACAGUAGAAGUAGAAGAACGCCAGACCAUAGGAGUCAAGCGUGUGGACAACAAGGGGUGCACUUUCACAACCGGUUGUUCAAUAAACUUCAAUUUAUUUAAUGAUGACGCGUUUCGGGGUACCGCUGACCUAUCAUUAUGUGCCCCCCUGAUAGAGCUGUAACAGGGAGUAUACCUGCUUCUACCUAACAGCCCCCAAGAGUGCCAAAAAGGGGCUAAUAAGAAAGCACUUACUGGUUGUGUGCAGUCACAUGGUGUAUCACAUGAUGCUUCUCAGUACUGCUGAGUGGCUGGGAGAAACCAUGUGAUCAGUGUUAUUACCAUGUGACUCCACAAACAGGAAGUUCUUCCUUUUUUGCCCUUUUUGACUAUUUUGCGGGCUAAUUAAUGGAUAUGAUUGUGCACACUAUUAUAACCCUAUGAUGACAUCACACGGGUACCCUUAUUUUAAUAGGUCUAGUACAUACUUGCCAACUUUCUAACUGGUGUUUGCAGGAGAUUAACCAGUCCCCUAUUAGGCUAGACAUGCCCGUUUCAUCAUAAUCACACCCCUUUACAUGCCGUGGCACCACCCCUUCCUCAGCGCUUUCCUGCUGGGGGUCUGAUGAUGUCACACCACUAGGGACUAGUCUUCUAGAGCAGUGUUUCCCAACCAGUGUGCCUCCAGCUGUUGCAAAACUACAACUCCCAGCAUGCCCAAAGGCUGUCCAGGCAUGCUGGGAGUUGUAGUUUUGCAACAGCUGGAGGCACAGUGGUUGGGAAACACUGUUCUAGAGGAUUCCUCAGCACCUGAGAGAUUUGCCUACUUUUCCAGGAGUUUGGGAGGUCUCCCUGUGUUUAGGGAGAAUUGGUAUAGUAUAGGUAUAUGUAUUAUAUUGAUAGGUAAUCUUUAAAUUGGUGGCCUCAUGAUGACAUCAUAAAGGGGGUCUUCUGCUUGAGAUCCCCCUCAGUUAUCCACAGCCACUAACAAAUAGUGAUUUUUAUUCUGGUGGUCGCUGCUAUUAGGGAUGGAGUCUGUGGCAUCUGCCCAAUGUGCCCCAAUAAGGUAUAGGAAAUGGGAUUCUCCAAAACCAGGCAGCCCCAUUUAAGGGAGCAGCUCUUGUAUGAUGGUUCUUCAGUCAGACCGCUGCAUCUAGUUGCUGAGUGAGGUACAGACUUUUCCAUCUCCUUCGUGCUUCGAUGUCCUGUCCAUGCCCUUGUGAGCAGCUGGACUCUGUCAUGGAGGAGAAUCUACAAGGUCUGCAAACAAUGAAGCUACUCUGCGCGGGAUAAACAGAAGUUUCUGGAGGGAAAGACCUUCUUCCUGUUCCUUCAUUGUAUUGUGUCACUCAGGCUGUUGUGAUGUCAUCAGUGCAUUCUCUAUGUCAGGGACUGCGGACCUCCAACUUUUGCAAAACUACAACUCCCAACAUACCCUGACAGCUGCAGAAGAGUCAAAGUGUAUCAAUCUAUGACAUAGAGUCUAUGUCAUAGAUUGAUACACUUUGACUCUUCUGCAGCUGUCAGGGUAUGUUGGGAGUUGUAAUUUUACCAAAACUAGAUGACCCGGGUUGCAGAUCAUGGUCCUAGAAAUGUUUAUUGUCAUUGUUAGCCAUUGUCUUUUGUAUUGUUUUUCCAUUUUCAUGACAACCAUUAUGUUCUGUGUGCCAAAACUUGCCAUUUUGUUAUUUGAAUUAUUGGUUUUGUAGAUCUGUGAGGUUAUUUUCGUGGUAAAAAUGUUCUUAGAGCCUGAUUGUUGGACACAGCUUCAUUUCUAUUAAAUGGCGGUUUAUUGCUUUAACACAACUUCUGCUUUCUAGUAUCAAUCAAUUUUCCUUGUAAAUUGGGUAAAUAUCUGAUGAGUAACGUAAUUUGUAUGAGAUGACAGGGUGGAGAAGGUAAGACCAAACUGAAAUAACUACUGUCAUACUGCUG